GGGCCGAGGACUGCAGGGGUGGAGACCCAGGGAGUGGCGGCGGUCCGGAGUCUAGGCGACGGGGCGUGACGGGGCCGGAAGGUGGCGGGAGGGGGCCGGGCCGGAGCAGGCCGGAGGGCCAGGUCAGGAGGCCUCCACCCUGGCGUGCCCGCCCCCUCCGCGGCAGAGGAGGAAGAGGAGGAUGAUCUCCAGAUACACUCGGAAGGCAGUGCCUCAGAGCUUGGAGCUGAAAGGAAUAACAAAACAUGCUAUUAGUCAUCAUCCUCUUCCAGAGCAGCUAGAUGAAAUUUCUUCUACCAAUGAAAGCCAUGAAAAAGACACAAGUUCCCAAAGUGAGUCUGACAUCACACAAGAAUCGCCUUUUACAUCAGCUGACACUGGGAAUUCAAGGUCUGCUUUUCCAAGCUAUACAGGCACAGGGAUCUCUACAGAAGGCAGCUCAGACUUCUCCUGGGGCUAUGGUGAACUUGAUCAAAAUGCCACUGAAAAAGUCCAGGCAAUGUUCACAGCCAUUGAUGAGCUCUUAUAUGAGCAGAAGUUGAGUGUGCAUACUAAGAGUCUACAAGAAGAGUGCCAACAAUGGACAUGUAGCUUUCCUCACCUCAGGAUUCUGGGUAGGCAGAUAAUCACUCCAAGUGAAGGUUAUGGACUAUAUCCUAGAUCCCCAUCUGUUGUUUCAGCUUCACAUGAGGCAAUACUUUCUCAAGAAAGAGAUUCUACUAUAUUUGGUAUUAGGGGAAAGAAAUUACAUUUUUCAUCUUCUUAUGCUCAUAAAGCAUCUUCCAUUGCCAAAUCCCCUAGUUUGUAUUCUAUGGAGAGAGAAGAGGAAGACUGUGUAAUCUUUUCUGAAGGAAUAAUAGAGGAAUACCUAGCCUUCGACCACACUGAUAUGGAAGAGGGGUUUCAAGGAAAGAAAUUACAAGCAGCUCCAGAGAAACAGAAAUUAGGAUACCCUCCCAUUGCUCCAUUUUACUGCAUGAAAGAGGAUGUCCUUGCUUAUGUGUUUGACGACGUAUGGAGCAAGGUUCUGAAUUGUAUGGAGCAGCUGACACGUAGUCAUUGGGAGGGAUUGGCUUCUGAUGAUGAGAGUAAUGUUGCAAUCACCAGACCAGCUUCAGAAAGCCCCUGCGUGCUGAGUGAACCACAACCUUUGGUGUUACCUCGAGUGCCACAGUUGAAGGUGCCAUCCAUCACCUCAAAUCCAAUGAAUCUCUGUCAAGCAGCAAGUGGUCAUCAGCCAAAUAUGAAUGGUCUCUUGGUUCAUGGGAUGCCUCUACAGCCAAGAAAUCUCUCCCUAAUGGACAAGCUACUAGAUCUUGAUGACAAGUUACUUAUGAGACCUGGAUCCAGUACCAUUCUUUCAACUCGAAAUUGGCCAAAUCGAGCCCUGGAGCUUAGUACAUCAGCUCUAUCAUACACAGUACAGUCUGCCAGGAGACGCAAUCCCCCACCACGUACCCUUCAUCCCAUCGGCACAAGCCAUUCACGCGCUGGAACGCCAAGACCUGUGGAAGAAAUACUCAGAGGAUCCCGAGUCCCAGUAGCCGCUGACUCGCUCUCUCCCUCACCAAUGCCCCUGAGCCGAAACAAUCUGCUGCCCCCUAUUGGCACAGCUGACGUGGAACACUUGAGCACCGUGGGGCCACAAAGGCAAAUGAAAACCCACGGCGACUCCAGUAGAGCUCGAAGUGCGGUGGUGGAUGAGCCUAACCAUCAGCAGCCCCAGGAGAGGCUCCUUCUACCAGACUUCUUCUCCAGGCCCAACACAACUCAAUCAUUUUUGCCAGAUACACAGUAUCAUCAUUCGUGUGCUGUUGAGUAUCCUCAUCAGGCCCGACCUGGUAGAGGAUCUGCAGUGACAGGUCCUCAGUUACAUGGGUCUACAAAAUCUCAGAACAGAGGUGGACCAGUCUCUAGAAGCAGGCAGGGGCCAUAGGGGAAAUGAGAAGAAACUGCUUCAGGCUGCAGGGAACAACGUGAGAAAAAUUCAUGAAUCAGUGUUCAGUCAUCUUGUGACACAAAGCUUGUAUACAAGAGACCACUUAAAACCGUCUUCAUGAAGUGUUAAUCUGGUAUAACAGACUGAGAAAAAAAGAGGAUCCGCCAAAAAUUACAUGGGUACUGUUUCUCUCUCCAGUUCCUGUCUUCUCUCAGCCUAAGUUAACCUAUUCCACUGGACUUAAAAUUUGUACCCAAACAAGUAACAAAUGAAUUAUUAUCCCCAAAUCUCAUGCUGUCUGUUAACAAUGAUCAGCUCAAUUAUUAUAGGAUUCUGUGAGUCUAUAUAUACACAAAAAGCAAAUAAUUGUUUGAUAACAUUAUCACCGGCCUCACAAUACUUCUGCUUGUAUGAAUUUCUGGAGAGGUCCACUCAUUUUUAAGGCAGUUUUAGGAGACAGAGCUGUCAAAAAUCUGAGUUACUCAUCAAACAGAUGUCACUCAUAAAGCUUUCUCUUUAGAUGUCCAAUCUUAUAGGCAAAGAGAUAUGGAAAGGCUAAGUAAAGACAUAAAUGUGGAGCAUCGGUAUAAACUAACUUAUAUGUCAUAAUGUAUAUAUAUUUUCAGAUAGGACAGCUCAACCUCACAAGGCCUGCUUCCUACUAGAUUAUGCUUCUUUUCUUCUUAAAGGACCUCAGUGGUCAUAUAUAUAUAUUUUUAACUAUUAUACUCAACUUAACAGAUUUUCUACUUAAACUCUAAGCUGACUUCAAAAAUUUGUAGAACCUAUUAGUGAGUCAGCAUUACCUCAACAUUUCAGAAACUCUGGUAAUUAGUUUAGCAUAAACAUAUCCUAAGAGCAGAAGUACAGAACUUCAGCAUUCUUCUGACUUCACCAUCGACCUUUUUGGGAGUACACUCAUAAAUGCAGCAGUGGUUUUAACUAUGGCUUAAAUUAAUUUUAUUUAAAUUUCACUGAACUUUAAUUUUGAUGAUACCAGUUUUAGAUCUUAUUGUAAAUCUUCAGAGGGGAUAAAUUCAAAAGAUCAUAAAUAGGGGUAAUAUUUAUUUUAUCAAAGUGUAGUAAUGCUAUCAUAUGAAGACAUGCUUCAAACAACCUGCAUUAAAUUAUAUUUUAAUAUAAUUAAAGAGUAUUUUUUAACUUAUUUGUAAUCAUAAACUAAAAAUGUGUCAUGUGCUUACCUCAGAUUAAUCACACAUAAAACUCAGUAACAGAAGGGUUGUUAUAUAUUCAAUACCAUAUGCAUAAGUCUGUAACUCAAAGACUUUAUCAGUUGCCAACAAAUGUCCAUAUAUUCCAAAGAGUACAUACUAAUUUGACUAAAUAUAUGUAAACAUCUCUAUACUCUUCUCACAAAUCAAAACAUGAGUGCAUAACAAAUCACUGGAUCAAGAUGGCCUGCCUUUCAAAGUUAAGAGAAUCCGAAGGAACCCCUAGGAAGUCAUUUAGCCCAACUCCUUCACCCUUUACAGAUGAGGAAACAAGUUCAAACAAGAUCUGUGACCUAAGGACAGACAUUGAACAGUUACAGGCAGGACAACUUCUUUAUACUACUAAGAUCUGGCUACCUACUAUAAAGCUAAUUUGGUUACUUCUCUUCUCUCAACACUAGUUUUUCUAGAUCAUAGUUUAAAUGAUCACUGAGAUCAUUUAAAAGGCCCCAGAACUUAACAGUCAUUUUUAACUUGUUUAUUUCAUCAUGUACAAGUCUUACAAAGAUGCUUAAAGUAAUCUCAACAUCUGUUUCUCCUGUACUUCUAACAAAGAGUACAAAACCUGGCUGUGUAAAACAAAAAGGAGAGAGGAUCUAUUCAAGAACAUUAAGCCUGAAAGUAAACUGGCAAAUAUUUGAAAGAAAGAUGUCCACCAAGUGUUCUGAAAACAUUCUAGCUAGGCAGAGCUAGAACAGAAUUACUGUUCUAAUAUCACACACGUCACUCCGAAUACUCUGUGGCUGUGUGCACACUCAUGCGGCAAAACAACUGCUAAAGGCAAUAUGGGACAGACCCACAUUAUAGAUAUAAGUUCCUUGUACAGAAGAUCACAGAUGCAAGCACUGCCAGGAAGUACAUCACUCCCCCAUUCCCACAAAAAUCUCCAAAUUCCUUCAUGCAGGACCUCAAAGAAUGUCAGGGGAUUUCUAGAAUUACUAAAAUCAGGUUGAGAGAUUCUGCUUGGUUUAGAGUAGAGCUGAAUUUAGGCUGGAAAGACAGCUUUUCUCAAGAGCAGGGUUGACUUCUUUCUUCAAAUCUUGACUGUAUCUUGCCUACAAUGGCGCCAAUUAACACCAAAGGACUUCUGAAGAGAAAAUCCCAUUAUUUCUUUUCUUUCUUGAGAGGCGUUUUUUUCCCUCCUCUUUUGGAAGGUUUGCAGUACUUUGCUUCCAUUUGAGCCAGAAAAUUGUCCAUUUCUUUUUGCCGAUCCUUUUGUCUGCUCUGUUUAAGAAGUUAAAACACAAGCUUUCAAAACACAAGGCUAUCCAGAGACAAAGAUACAUAGUGGUUGCCAGAGGCUGGUGGAAGGGAGAACAGGGAAUGACAGCUAAUGAGAAACGAGCUUCUUUUUAGGGUGACAAAAAUGUUCUAUUAGUGCUGUUCUACAAUUUGAUGAAUAUGCUUAACAGCCACUAAAUUAUGCACUUUAAAAGGAUGAAAAUAUAAUAUAUAACUUAUGUUUUUAAAGAAGAAAACAAAAUACAACACUAUACACUAUGAAAAAAGUAUUAGCAGUAGGGAUCAGAACUUGAAAAAAGUAGCAACAACCUUCAGAAAUACCUGCCAGGCUUACCUGAAUGAUUGAUUUCAAGUUAUCUACUCCUUCGUCAAGACCCAGCUCCUUCCUGCUUAUUUCUGCUUCUUUAGCCUCUUCCUGAGCCUAAAUCAGAAACUCAUAUUAGAUAGACUCCAUGGCAACCUAGCAUAUACUAAAAAUAUACCCUCUUUCCCAAAAGAAAAUCUAUGGUAAGAACCUUUCAAUUUGAGGGAUAUAUAGAUUAAAACAAGACAAUUACAUAAAUACGUCAUUCAUUAAAAGAAGACACUGCUGACAGCAUGCAGUAGAUCCUCUGAUUCUAAUAAGCAUUUCUAAGUUUCCCCAAUUUUUACUAGCUAGGGGUAGCAAGUAGUUUAGUAUUCUUAAACCAUGCGGUAAGAAUAAAAACAAAAUGCUAGGAGAGCAAAGAAAGGUUAUUUAAUCAAGGAUGUCUUCAAAAAUGUUGCCAGGAUUACAGGCAUCUAAAUUCCUCUCCUCUGGAAACCUACUUUUUAACUACAUGUGACUUGGUGGCAGCCUUGAUUAACCCUGGUUUAAAACUCCCAAGUAGUCAGAAUAAACACUAACAGAUUCAGUUUUAACCUUUCUUUAUCUAAUUUCAAAGCCACCUUCUGCCAAAUUUUCCUAUGGCACUGAUUCCAAAAUACCAUAAGAAUACCUGGGGGGCGGGGGGGAGAGUACCUUGGGAAAGGUUAAUGACUUUGUUCCUUUAGGGCAACAACACUAUAAUAGGUCCCAAACCCCAGUCAAUUUUCUAAGUAGCAAUGAACACUCUAUAAAUACUGGGAUGCUGAUACAUUAGGGUUUUGUUAUUCCAAUAAAGUGUUUUCACUGUCUA